UAACCUCCGCCAACAACACUCACUCUCUUUCUCAGACAAACUAUUACUAUUACCUCCAACUACCACUUUCCUUAAACAACACUCACUCUCUUUCUCUCUCCUCUGACUGCACUAUGCGGUGGCCGGCGCCGCCAGGUCUCGGCGUCGCCGCCAUGUCCUACGUGGCGAUCGACUACCUCCGCCAUAUAUCGCCCGCAUGGCACGAGCGUCUUCAGCCAGCACUCUGGUCCCUACUUGCUCUAAUCGCCGUCAUUCGCGUCCCUUUCUACAAGCACUGGUCCUCUGAGUUUCGCGCGGCCAUACCCUUCGUCGCUUCCAUGAUCUUCAUGCUCUCAGCUCUCCUCUUCGAGGCUCUCUGCGUGCGCUUCGUCACCGCCGUACUCGGCCUCGAUUGGCAACGUGAUACACCUCCUCUUCCUGACACUGGCCAGUGGUUACUCCUGGCACUGAACGAGAAACUUCCUCAUCGCAUAGUUGAGAUACUGAGAGCUCGUAUUAUUGGACUGCACCAUUUCCUGAUGCUGUUUAUGAUGCUGGCUUUCUCUGUACUGUUUGACUCUGUAAAAGCUCCUGGCCUUGGGCUAGGUGCAAGAUACAUGUUCACCAUGGCAAUUGGCCGUCUUCUUCGAGCCAUAACUUUUGUAUCUACCAUUCUGCCAUCAGCCAGGCCUUGGUGUGCUACUGCUCGGUUUAGAGUUCCUGGAUAUCCUCAUCGUUGGGCUCAGAAAUAUUAUGUCCCUUACGCUUCAGAUGCUAAUUCUAUUCGUCAGUUAAUACAAAUGGAUUUAGCUUAUGCUGAUACUGGAGGAUACCCUAGUGAGUACCAACCAGAUUGGGGUUCAAUGAGCUUCCUAAUUGAUUUCCUGCGCCCAACUGCCUCAGAGGGAUCUUCAUGGUUCAGUCUGCUAAAGAAAGCUGGAGGCGGCUGCAAUGACCUCAUAUACAGUGGCCACAUGCUUGUUGCCGUACUGACGGCUAUGGCUUGGACGGAAGCUUAUGGAGGUUUUAGCUCAGCUCUUAUAUGGCUUCUUGUAGCGCACAGCGCCCAGAGAGAGAUACGAGAGCGUCACCAUUACACUGUUGACUGUAUUGUGGCCAUAUACGUAGGCUUCCUCCUCUGGAAAAUGACAGGUUUUAUCUGGCCUCCCAAGGAUGUUUCCCGAGUAAGAAGGCUAACUAGGCUAGAGAAAAUUCAAGGUAGACUAAUCCAAGCUGCCAAGGACUCGGACAUGGAGAAAGUGAGGGAGCUUCUCGAAGAGGUGGAGAUAGGCAGUGAAGAGAGUCAGAACAAAGGCCCAAGCAGGGCUAUGUUGGUGCUUGCUUGUGCAAUCAUUUUCUCUGCUCUAACCAUUGUUCUUCUGGCCUUAACAUGGACGAGCGAUGGAUGAUUUUCUUUAAACAUAAUUGCCAUGCUUCAGCACUGUACUUCUAUUUUGUGUAAACCCUUUCUUCUAUUUUGUGAUAGCUAUUUUUGUAGGGUAUUCGUAUUUGAGGCUCUUCUGUGUACUGAAUUCUUGUCGGGGGUUUCAUAAGCUUUAUUUGUUUUUUCUCCACUUUUAGAAAUAUUUUGUCUGUUGGGUAGGGACUAGUGUCCUCUCCAAUUAAGGAACCAAUUUAAUGAAUUUCAUUUUACAGCA